GGAAGGCAAGGCCCGGGUUGAGUUUAGGGGAGGCGCGUCCGGGCAUCGAGCGUGCAGGAUGGCAUUAGCAACGUUCAAGAGGAGAGCCCAGCAGCUUGCAAACAUUUUCGAAAACGGGGAGACGGAGUUCAACUACGGGUUUGCUCGGAGGUUAGGAGACGGAAGGGGAUUCGCAUUCGGCUGCCUGCGCUGGAGGACCGGACUCGGCGACGGACUUGGCAUCGUCCGUCGGUACGCAGCCGCUAAGCCGGGCGUGGCAACGGGUAAGUACCUUCCUGCUCUUGAAGCCAUCAAGCGCGGCAGGGAUCCCGACAGCCUGGUCGGGCUGGAGGGGUUCGAGGCGGCAGUUGCGCACGCGGCCAGUCGCGAUCCGGUCUUCCGGAUGGUACAGAGGGAGGAGGUGGACGAGCUGUACUGGAGUCCAUCGCAGUCCCGAGCCCGAUCCCUCGGCUUCAGGUACGACCUGUCCAAGAGCCUGAUUUACGACACGUGGGUGCAUCACGGACCGGAGGACAAACCCGGGCGCGCAGCUCUCGUCAUGGAAACCAUAAUAGAAAUGACGAACAGCUGCAAGAGACUGCAACCUGGCAAGGGCGGCCGCGCGGAGCGCGACUGGGUUCUAGCUUUCCUCGAUAGUCGGCAGUACGCCAUGGCCACUGCGGAAGGAGUUUGGCGCUCAUGGCGAGCCAGCACCCCACGCAUCAACGUCUACCGGCAGCUCAUUACCGCCGGAGCGUGGAAUUUCGAUCGUCCGAUCGUGUUGGGAUCCUCUCAGUCUCUGUCCAACAUGUGGGUCGUUUCCGAGUCCUCAUUCGGCCGCCAUACAAUCACGUAAGCUUGCACUGCCUUGCUCUUUCUCGUCCUCAAAAUUGCUAUAUGUAAAGCCAAA